GCUACCACACGGGAUUAAAUGAAAAAACAUUAAGCAAAAUUAAUCCUUGCUAGCUUCAGCACCAUCUUCUCCAUUCCCAAACCAUGAUGAAGCUCUUCUCCUUUGUAAUAUUGUUAAGCCUUUUUCUCAAACAGGUGAGCCUAGUUAUUGGAGACGUUGGCACUGCUGCAUCUUAUGGACCACCUUACAUACCUACUGCUUGCGGUGGAAACAGGGCAGGGCAAUUUCCUCCUGGAAAUCUAUUUGUGGCUGUGAAUGAAGGGUUAUGGGAUAAUGGAGCAGCGUGUGGAAGGAGAUACAGAAUAAGGUGUGUGAGUGGAAACAAUAAACCAUGCAAAGGUGGUAGCAUCGAUGUCAAAGUCGUAGAUUCUUGUUCUGCCUCACCUUGUCCCAACAGUCUCCUCAUGUCAAAUGAUGCUUUUGCAGCUAUUUCACGCUUCCCUCAUGCAAAAAUCAACAUUGAAUAUACCCAUUAAUGCUGUUCAUACAGGAUAUGACUUUACAGUUGCAGUGCACUACUCAUAAACAAACAUCGUCAAGGACAAGGAAUAUGAGCUGCUGAUUUUGCUGAAGAAAUUCUCAGAGCAGAAUGCGAUGCCAUACAAAAUUGUGCUGUGCUAUAAAAGUUUAUGUACUUCAAAUAAUUAACAUUAUGAACAGUAGCGUUAGUUAGUAAACGGUUAGUGUUCUUUACUAAGCAAGAUUUUAGUUGUUGGAGCCAAAGCAUUGAUCUAAUGAAACGCGAUUUACCUGAACUUUUUGUUUGGGUGAUAAAUUAUUGUAAGUACUAAGUCAUGUUACUGAAAUAGCAUAUCUACUAACGAUUAAUGAA